AUGUAUCCAUUUGCUUGGGCUAUUGUGAAUGUAGAGAAUAAAGAUAAUUGGGCUUGGUUUAUAAGAAACAUUAAGGCAAACAGUGAAAAUAUUGGGGAUGGUCAAGGUUUUACAGUUAUAUCUGAUAGGCAAAAGGGUUUGUUGAACGUUGUAGAGAGAGAGUUGCCUAAGUUCCCAUGUCAAAGCGAGAUGAAAGGGUUGUUCUGGAGAGUUGCUGAGAGUUACAUAUUGUCGGAGUAUGAGGCUAAUCUGGAAAGGGUGAAAGCUUAUGAUAUGCGGUUGUAUGAUGCAAUAAUGCAGAGGAAUCCACAGAAUUGCAGUCUUGCCUUCUGCAAACCCACAACAUCGUGUGUAGAUGUGCACAACAACUUGUCAGAAUUAUUCAACAAUGCAAUUGAUCCCUCAAGGUAUUUUCCAAUGGUUGAAAUGUUGGAGAUCAUCCGGCGGAGAACAAUGCAGCGUAUAGAGUUGAGGAUGAAAAAAGCAUGUCUCCACAGAGGUAGGUUCACAAAGAGAGCGGCAACAUUCAUAGCUGAGGAGCAGGAAAGUCUUAAAUACACCAAGUACGUUUCAGGGUCCGCACAAAGUAGGUGUGAAGUUCUUGAUUGUGGAAAAUCUGUCAGCCUACAUAUGGGAAUGCAUACUUGUGCUUGUCGGAAAUGGGAGAUGAGUGGACUCCCAUGUCGUCAUGCACUACGAGUCAUUGCCGAGAAGAAGCUUAAUCAUGAGGAUUACUAA